GCGGGUGAUCUACGGCGGGAUGGUGGGGCAUCAAAUGCUAUCUCCACCACCUGGGAGAUCUCCUUUAAAUACAUCCGCUCGCGGAAACCUUCUGCAGCCGACCUUCUCUCGCUUAUGAGCUUCUUCGAUCGACAAGGCAUCUCUCCGUCACUUCUUAGGCCCAUCGAUGUCAAAACUAUUCAGCAAGUAACGCACCUUGCCGCAUCAGAGGAUUCAGGAUCUGAGUCUGGUAGUGGUAGUAGUGGUGACGAAGGUGGGAGGUUUGAGGACGAUGUGGCCAUGCUAAGAGACUUUACGGAGACGGGCAUACUCAAUGGCGGGCCAGUAAGUGACCUCUCCCGAGCCAUGAAUUUUUUCCUCAAGUCGCUGAUAAACUACGGCCACAGUCGAAGAGACCCUGAGAUACCAGAUCCCCCCCUCGGCCAUGAUCUCGGCAGUGGCGUGGAACUACGGCACCAGGUUCUUCGAGAUCCGCAUCUACACCACCGAUGACAACGACGCCUUGUACAAAAUAUCGUACUCGCGCCACCUGGGUGGCUGGAAGCCCUAUGUCGAGUCGGUGGCACCCGUUCUGGGCCCGGCGUCCAAGUCUCUGGCCCCCGGUGGCAUCGACAGUCCGCCGCUGUCUGCCGUCGCCGCCAUCCUGCUGGAGGGUGACUGGAAGACCAAGGUAUACUUCCACCCGCGCCGCACCAUUGGCGAGUGGGACGUCUGCGCCAAGGCGCCCGCGUUUAGCGGCAUCCCCAAGGCGAGUGCCGCCGCGGCGGAGAGGCGCGAGCUUGAGGAGAAGACCAGAGCUUUGAUCAAGGCGGACGAGGAGCGCAGGGCCAAGGAAGAAGAGGAGAGCAAGGAGAAAGAGCGCAAGGAAAAGGAGGCCGAGAGAAGGGCCGAAUAGGAGGCGGCGGCGGCGAGGCGAGGAGAGCCUCAGCCCAAGCCCGCUCCCGCACUAGUGAGUCUUGGAAAAUACCUAGCGUCUAUCAUAUGGCCCUCACGAUACUAAACACAUCCUUCCUUGCAGAUGCUCACCAGGCCCAUCAUCGUCAUGGGGGACCCGGCGUCGGCGCCGAAAAAAGUCGACGACGUGUACAAGCGCGUCAGCCUGCCGUUCGACGUAUCCCUGUUCGAGAGCACUACGACCCGGACGAUCUGGAUCAGCGACAACGGCAUCAUCAGCAUCGAAGGGGCCAGCCCGGAGAGCAAGUACUACACGGACAAUCUUUCCCUGAAGUACAAGGACGCGCGGCAGCUGCCGUUCAACGCCGCCGCCGACUUCCCCAAGUACGCGCUGUUCCUGUUGGAUUCGACACACAGAUGGAUUAUAUUGAUGAGAAUUUAUUGAAUUGAU